GCCGGGGUCUGUUUCACAGCCGUCCUCUCCCCUCUUCGUCCCGCCCGUCAUCAUGCCCUCCAACCUCUUCAACCUCAAGAAACAGCUCACGUUCUAUGGCGCCUACCACGCCAACCCGGUCAACAUAACCAUCCACGAAGUAUGCGUCCCGGUCCUCCUCUGGACGUUUCAAGUGCUCGCGAGCGCCCUUCCAGUGCCCGACUCCUUCCCGUCCAUCCACCUGACGUUCAACGAGUAUCUCGCGUUCGAUCUUAACUGGUCUGCUAUCCACGCCGCGCUGUACAUUGCGUACUACUUCCUCCUCGAGCCCACCGCCGCCGCGUUGUACGCCCCGCAGAUGGCGCUCUCCGUCUUAACGGCGACUGCUUUCGCCCACACGCCCGACGCCCUCAAGUACGCCGCGCUCAUGCACGUCGGCUCGUGGAUCGCCCAGUUUGCGGGCCACUUUGGGCCGGAAGGUCGGGCGCCGGCGCUCCUUGACAACUUAAUCGGAGCUGUGGUGUUGGCCCCCUUCUUCGUCCAUCUCGAGGUGUUGUUCGCACUCGGAUACAGGCCCGAGCUUCACAACGAGCUCAAGAAAAGUAUCGACUCGGAAAUCGAGAAGGUCAAAAAAGCUGAGAAGGCCGCCGGCAAGGAGCAGUGA